AAGGGCUGCAUCAUGUACCGAGUACAAUAUGAAGGAUGGGACGCAUGGAACGAAAAACCGAAAUGGCAGCCAUGGUGGGAACUCACGGGCGCGCCUGAUCGAGUGAGAGAAUAUCACGAUGCACACAAGGACUCCCCUGCGUUAUAUCCAUCUUUC